AUUAAAUUUUUCAGAAGCAUUUCAGAAAUUUUUCAGAGGAAGUUACAAUUGCUUCCCAACAUCCAUUAAAUAAAGAUUGCACGACAAGAAUUAUGAACAAGCCAGUGGAUCCUCAUUAUGAGAAAUUAUUCACAAAGCGAGAGUUACAUGAUGAAUUUCGAAAAGAAAGCCGUCGAUUUCUUCAAGAUAUAAAGAGUUUUACUCACGAAUGUUAUGAAAAUUCAUCGAUUACAAAAGAUCGAAUCAAACUAGUUUUGCUGCGAGUUGUAAACUGGUUGUUUGGUGGUUGUCCAGAGGCAUCGAGACGACACCGAGAACAAAAUGAUGAGGUCGGAAAGGAAGAAAUUUUCAAGUCCACCAACAUGUGGCUCCCCGAAACGAGCGAAUUGUAUCUGCAGCAGUAAAGUAUAAAGCAGUCGAUAAACGCAGAGAUCUAUAUUAUUACCUCAACAGUGUGACAGGAAGAUAAUUUUAUCAUAGUAAAUUGUUAAUCAACGACAGUAUUUUAUCGAUUUUUACAUAGCAACAAUUACUUUCAUUGACAUAUCUUUUUUUAUGUUAUU